UACUACGGCCUCGGCAACGACGGGGUCACCGUCACACUGCCCCCGGACGACAAGCUGAUCCGCGUGAACCAGCUCAUCGCGCGAGCUGCCCCAGACAAUUUCCACUGGGCGAGGAUCGAUUUCCGCACCAAACGGCACUACUCCGCCUUGCCGGAGAGCCAGUGGGCCCUCUACUUCGGCAAGACCCCCGAGGGUGAGCUCCGCUUCACCCUCGGCAAGCAG